AUGUCAGAUCUUCCAAAGCUGUGCGAUCUCACCACGCCCAUGUCCACCUGCGUAUUCUCCGAAGAUGCUUGUGCUCGAUUCAUCUGCGGAACGCUAAACGAAACUAUCGUACCCACCUCAAAUGGAUUAUCGUGCAAAGCUCCUGAGUUUGAUUGCCUAGUUCAAAUUUGGAAUCCUCAAAUAGGGGAACAACAACCUUGUUCUCUUGGCACAGUCAAUUGUAUUUCUCCCACUGCUCAUUCUGAUGGAUCCUCAAGUAAACCUAUAAGCUGGAAAGCUUCGGUCCUUGCAAUAUUGAUUGGACUCUUGGUUUUAGUUCUCAACAUUGUAUCAAAUUAG